AUGAGGAGGCUCUAUCUGUUUCUAAUACUUUCUUCAAUGGUAUUAGCCAUGCCGGCGGCAGUGUACCGUAGUAACCGAGUUGAGUCCCAAUGGUCUUCCAAGGAGAUUGGUCGAGUCCAGGGACUUUACGCUGCUGCCUCACUAGAGGAUGUGGCCCUAUCUUGUGUACUCAACUUCAUCUUCACAGAGGGGGAGUACAAUGGCAGCUCUCUAAGCCUGUUGGGUAACAACCCAUUCCGGCUUCAGGUCCGGGAGAUGCCUAUCGUCGGUGGAUCUGGUGUUUUCCGACUAGCUCGUGGAGUUGCUACGUUUACGACCUAUUUCUGCGAGGUUCCUCCUGAAAAUGUUCCCCCUAAAAAUGUUACUGUGGAGGUGAAUAUUGUAGCCAUGCACUGCUGA